AGCACCUCAGCCUUGUCCAUCUUGAACCAAUCACCCACCAUCGAAGCCAAAAAAGCAAGAAAGCAGACGCAACACCACGACGACAUUUGCGCCUGGGGACUCUGCGCGCCGCCGAGUCGCCUGCGAACACAAACACGAUCCCCCCCAAACAAUACCUCGUCUCCCGCAGUCGGCCGCACGCGCGCGCGCCCCCCCCCCGGUCCGAACAACCUCUCCCGCCGCUCCUCCUUACCUCUUUCCCUUCCCUUCCGCCGCGGUGCCGGCUGCUGCCCGGCCGCCGAGGUAACCCGCCGCCGCCGCGAUGAGGCUCACCGCGGAGCUCAUCCAGGACUCCCUCUCCUACCUCAACCCGCUCAAGGAGCGCGAGCUUGAUCUCCGAGGACAGAGAAUCCCUGCCAUUGAGAACCUAGGCGUUGCUGGCCCCCACGAUGCCAUCGACUUCACAGACAACGACAUCCAGGUGCUGGGCAACUUCCCGCUGUCGCCGCGCAUACAGACGUUGCUGCUGGCGCGCAACCGCGUCGCCAGCAUCCAGGUGGGCCUGCCCAAGGCCAUACCCAACCUAAAGAACCUUGUUCUGGCGUCCAACAACAUCGCCGAGCUUGCAGACCUUGACGUGCUGGCCAAGUUCGCUCGCCUAACGCACCUGGUCCUCGUCGACAACCCCGUUACGAAGAAAGAACACUACCGGUAUUGGGUCCUCUGGCGCUGCCCGACCGUGCGGUUUCUCGACUACGAAAAGGUGAAGGAGGCAGAGAGGGAACGCGGACGCGAGCUGUUCGGCACGGAGGAGGAGCCGACGGCCCUGGCCACGCAGAUCAUGCACAAGAAGACCAAGACGCUCGAGACCCGGGCCAACGGCGCGGCCGCGCCGUCAAAGCUGUCGCGGAUCAAGCUCACCGAGGAGGAAAAGGCAAAGCUGCAGGAACGCAUAAGGAACGCGACGAGUCUGCAGGAGAUUAUUGCGUUGGAGCGGGAGCUCAACGAGGGCCGGCUACCGUCGGGCAUCCAGGGCGAUGCCAUGGAGGAGUAGCAGGCCCGGACGGGACCUUUCGCCGUGACGGCGAGCACUUGGCGAUGACUGUUUUUUCACGCUCGGCGUGGUCAGGGAUUAUGGUAUGGCUUUCACGACUAUAAAAGGGUCUGGAUCAGGAGGGGAUUGAUCCGAUCACGUCACCGACUUCUACCAGUGGAAGAAACUGCUGGUGCGAUUACAUAGUGACAGCUACGGAAAACGGCACUUGAUAUUCUAAACUCUUUGAUUUGCUGUCGGGGGGUCUUGUGGCACCAGAUGUGCCGCCUUCUGACAGCGCAGGCCCCUGAAGAAUCCCACGAAACUUCUGCCGUUCCGAAAUGCUGCUUCCAUCGACUGCUCUGGUUCAGCGCCGACAGUCGAUGCGACCGACGCAUGAUGUGACUGAGUUGAGCAAUCAUCUCCCACCGGCCCUCCCCGACUCCGGUUCCUACCCCGACAUAUGUACGUCCCC